UUGAGAAGAUUUGGACACUCAUUAGGGCAGACUCAAUCAAAUUCCGGUCCACGAAACCGCUGCAAUUUGUAAUUCGCUUCGCUCCUCCCCAAUUAAUAAUGUGAUCACCUAAACUUGUGUGUAGAUACAAUGCACUAGACGUUUUGGCAGUUCUAAUACUAUGAGCAUGUUGGGACAAACGCAAUUGUAAGGAUUUGCCAGUUUGUCCGAGGUACACAGACUCACAAUCAUUGCAGGGAAUCGAAUACACACAACCUGCUGAACCAGGGGGAAUUUUUAUAUUAAAUUGGACUUGAUCAUACUAUCAUUGAACACCAAAUUGAUAUAAAGGUUCUUAAAAACCAGAGGAAAGUUGUUCAAGUCCUAUCGCAUAAGGUACCACCAAUGACUUUCGAAUUUCUGUAUAGUAUAUAUAUAUGUGUGUGUUUGUGUCUGUGUGUGUGUGUGUCUGUCUGCGCGCGCGUAUAUGCGUAUGUAUAUAUGUGAGGAUGAAGAGAAUGUGUGGGGCAGACGAAUACAGAGAGAGAAUGCAGUUAGUGGAGUUAAAAUAAAUCGUCAGGAGACACAGAAGACUGAAUGUGAAGUGUCGACACUCUACGUCGAGCGUGGUACUGAAGGUGACGGUCUCAACACUGGGGAAAGACCCUCCCAGCGCCAGCAGUUGUGUGGUAGCACCGCCAGCGGGAGCACCGGUGAUAUAACGUUCUGAACAGUGACGUCCAUAUAUAUAUACAUGUCUGUGUUUCCGGUUAUUGCGUCUUGGACCCACACGCAAGCUGAUAGUGUGUCGUCUAAGACACCUUAGCUUGGCAGUGAGGAUGAGAGCGCCAGCGAGGGUCCUGGUGCCACGAGUGGCUGUGGGAACUGUUGUGUUGUGUUUCAUCUACACUUCCGGCCCCCGCGGGGAGACAAGCCAGCGCCCUACGACACCCCAGUUUCCCAGUAGCAAGAGUGAGGACGAGGAGGAGUGGUUGGCCGAAGAUAUAAGCAACGGUUCGUCCGUCUGUCCCACACCUAAGGUUCCACCCCAUGACUUCCUCAAGCUCAGAAACAUCUUCAGCCUGAAGGAGGCCCAGCAGGAGGAAGGGACCAACAUCCUGCUCCUGGAGAGUUCCUGCGCAGUUAAGCCCACCGUCCGCGCCUGGUGCGCCUUGGAGAGCUUGGCUCAACAGAACCCCGAGGCUCGGGUGUGGUAUGUGAUGACGGCGCCGCUGCUCGAGGUGAAGGACGGCCUGGCUCGCCGUCUCCUCCACCAGUACACCAACCUGCAGGUUGUCACGGCCGACCUGCAGGAGGUCUUCUCCCACACCCCACUCAUGCGCCUCUACACCUCCGGAUCCUGGAACGCCAACACCCAGUGGCCGGAGGUGAACCUGGCCGACCUCAUGCGUCUGGGACUGGUGUGGCACCUGGGCGGGUUCUACGUGGACACCGAUGUGGUGUGCAUCAGGCCCCUGACCGGCCUCGCUAACGCCAUCGGCUGGCAGGAGAUGUCGACGCUGGGCUCUGGGGUCUUCCACUUCAGCCGUCACCACCCCGUGCUGCAGAGAGUCAUGGCCCGUGCGGCGAGAACCUUUAAGACCAACAAGUGGGGCAGCAGUGGGCCCCACGCCUUCACCUGGGUGAUGAAGGAGCUGUGUGGUGGCGAGGUGCUGAUGGGGGGCAAGGCGGGCAGCUGCCAGGGCAUCCGGCUGCUGCCCAUCAGGGCCUUCUACCCUGUCCCCGCCCCUGUUUGGAGAACUCUCUUCACUUUCCAGACGCCGCGUGAGGUCACUGAGAGGUACCUGCACUCCUACAUGAUCCACACCUGGAACCAACUGAGUCAUAGCCAGCCAGUCGUCAAGGGUUCGGGAAGUAUUUACGACCAGGCAGCCAAAGUCUUCUGUCCCGUCACCCGCGCCCACGCCACCACACACGACCCUCUCUACUGAUUCCCAGGCCAUCACCCACCACCGUCUACUACUACUACUACUACUACCACUACGACGUAAGACUACUACGUCUACUACUACUACGUCUACUACUACCUACGCUACCGCCGUCUACUGACACGCCUGUCAUCUGGGAACGUACAUGCUGUUGCCUGCGGAAAACCGGAAGACAAUCGUCUCUGGAAGCUGCUCUAUUUCACGGGGUUAAUGGGGAUUGUUAGUUUAAGAUUGAUAGCCCCCUUACCCCUUAGUCUCAAGGAUAAGGGGGCCCAUGGGGAUGCCGAGAACCCAAUAUAUUUAUAAAUAUAUUUGCUAACACGUCUGGCAGCGUGAGAGUUCCAGGACCAACACUGUAGGCAAUCGCGGGUGUAGUACACUUUAUGAAGGGCAGACGUCAAUCUGUGUACUUAUGUAUGUAGGUUAAAUUAGCAUUUUAAAACCACUACAAUCACCUUCUGCGGUUGUUUAAUAAAUCACUGAACACUGAUGUUUAACAGAUCUCUCACCCUGUCCAUGGAGGGCAGAAGAAAAUGUAUAUAUGCUGGUUAGCAUUGUAAAUGUGUGGCCACGUCUGUGGUAGAAAAUCAUAAUUAAAAAAAUUUACUUUCAGAGCCAGUGUGGUCAUUCCUGGCCUCGCUGAUGCGAACUCUUGGUUUAAAUUGAUUCUCAGCUUAGGGGGGGGGGGCAUUAAUGUUUUGUUUCAUAUACUGUAUAUAAUUAUAUAUGAUUAAUGAUGCGUAUCUACUGACAGAGUCUUCACCCUCUAACCCCACUAUAUCAACUGUUAUAUUAUUCGGCAUUGUACAAAACUUACUAGUCAUAAAAAUUUGUUGUUUACAAAAUGAAAACACGAACAUUUUGUGUGUGAAUAUAUAUAUAUAUAUAUAUAUAUAUAUAUAUAUAUAUAUAUAUAUAUAUAUAUAUAUAUAUAUAUAUAUAUAUAUAUAUAUAUAUAUAUAUAUUCAGAAACAAGCGUUAUAUUUACUUAUCCAGUGUAAGGUGACGAAGCAUAUUGAGUCAUGUAAUCAUGUCAUUACUAAGCGAAGCCCGUUCCGAGAGUGUGGUAGUCUCGCACGUAGUAAACCCCAGACAUGUAUUCUCGCACGUAGUAAACCCCAGACAUGUAUCCUCGCACGUAGUAAACCCCAGACAUGUAUCCUCGCACGUAGUAAACCCCAGACAUGUAUCCUCGCACGUAGUAAACCCCAGACAUGUAUCCUCGCACGUAGUAAACCCCAGACAUGUAUCCUCGCACGUAGUAAACCCCAGACAUGUAUCCUCGCACGUAGUAAACCCCAGAGAGGUAGCCCCAAACGUUGUAAAACUUUUUUCAGCUUUACGCGUAGAACACACCCCAGAGAGAGGUAGCCUGGCACGUAGAACACACCCCAGAGAGAGGUAGCCUGGCACGUAGAACACACCCCAGAGAGAGGUAGCCUGGCACGUAGAACACACCCCAGAGAGAGGUAGCCUGGCACGUAGAACACCCCGGAGAAAAUCUAGUGUUUAUGACAGGAAAUACCAGACUGCCACAGGGAAACAGAAGCUAUAUAUAGUUCCUGAUUGAUUUCCUCUGGCGCUAGGAAUCGACACUUCCUAAUCACGUUUAACCACGAUAUAAGUUAAAGAAAUGCCCAUUUGAGAAAAGGUGAGCGUGUCCUUACACCGCCAAUUUGCACUGUAAGACCUUUGGUGGGGUGUUCUUCACUUGCUGUUAAAGGUCAGGUCCCCCUUCUCGGAAACUCCUAAAGUGGCAGAGCUUUUCGGGAGACGAAUGUAAGGCUCUCGACUCUCUCUUGAGUUCUUCCAGUACUUCGAGACGAGAUUUCCAGCCAAUAUGCGUAGUGCUUGUUGAUGACAAAGGUACAGGUGAACUGUUCACUCGCAACUAAUGUUCAUGCAGGUAUUAUGCGAUUCAGUGCUCACUGUUAAAACAGUUUACAGGUGUUGUGUGAAGUGUUCACUGUUAACUCAGUUAUAGAUGUCGUGUAAAGUGUCCACUUAUACCUUGGUCACAAGUGUCAUAUAAAGUGUCCACUGAUAGCCAUAUUUUCUUCAUUAUUUAUAUUUAUAUUAUACCGUAUACCAUCAUGAACAUUAUAUACAUCAUACUGUGGACGUAGAGUCAUUAUCCCAGUUGAAUGUGGUCAGUGUUAACAAAGACGCUAUACACGAUAUACAAGACGAUAUAUCUCACAUAUAUCAGUCAUUAUCUUGUCAAAGUUGACCAUUGUAAAUUAAACGUUUUCUAUAGUUCAGCAAUGCCUCUUAUUUGUUAUUUUAUUUUUGUAAAUAAAUAUUUACAUAAAAUGGC